UCAGGAUGACUGGGAGUGACGCAGGGCAGACGGAAAAAACUGGGGCUUGAGGGGAAGGACAGGGCGAACGGCGGUGAUGCUGGAAGGACUUUGGCUUUAAUCUCACAGGUUUAAAGUCUGAUGUAUAACCUGGUUGAACAGAGGACAUGACUGCCACCUUUAUGUACAGCUAGGAUUUCAUCUGUGCCAUUAAGGAAUCACCACCUCAUCCUUGGGGCGGCUCAGUUUGGAUCCCCUCCCAGGUUAUCACUGAUCCCAGACAGGGGGAAGCAGCCUAGUCAUUCCAUUUUUAUUCCAUCCACCGGGAGGAUUUUGGACACCUUUUUCCAUUCAUUUUACUAUUAAGUCUCCAUCAUGAACUAUCUGCGUCGACGACUAUCGGACAGCAAUUUCAUGUCCAACCUGCCCAAUGGUUACAUGACUGAUCUCCAACGCCCCGACCCGCCGCAGCAGAGCCCCGCAGUGUCGCCUGGGCCGGAGAGGCGCCAGUCCAGCAGCCAGCAGCAGUCUGGAGGUGGAGGAUCCGGCUUCUUCUCAUCCAUAUCCAAUGCUGUCAAACAAACUACAGCUGCAGCGGCUGCCACUUUGUCAGAGGCAGCUGACCGGGCAGGAGUCUCCAGCAGUGGCAAGAUCCUCCUGGUUAUCGACGACCAGCAAACCGACUGGGUGAAGGUUUUCAGAGGAAGGAAAGUUCAUGGGGAAUAUGACAUCAAGGUCGAGCAGGCAGAAUUCUCUGAAAUCAACCUGGUGGCAAAUGCAAUGGGCACGUAUCAUGUGGAUAUGGAUGCAAUCAGGAAUGGACACAAGGUUACAAAGUCCUUUAAGCCAGACUUUGUGCUCAUUAGACAACAUGCCUUCAGUAUGGACAAGAAUGGUGACCACAGGAACAUAGUGAUUGGACUUCAGUAUGCUGGAGUACCAACUGUUAACUCUUUGCACUCUGUCUAUAAUUUCUGUGACAAACCGUGGGUGUUUGCUCAGAUGUCAAGAAUGCAUAAGCAACUGGGACCAGAGGAGUUUCCACUGAUAGAGCAGGUUUACUAUCCGAACCAUAAGGAAAUGAUUACCUCACCUCGAUUCCCUGUUGUUGUGAAGAUGGGCCAUGCUCACUCAGGAAUGGGAAAGGUGAAAGUGGACAAUCAAUAUGAUUUUCAAGAUAUUGCCAGUGUUGUGGCAUUAACCAAGACUUACGCCACAUCUGAGCCCUUCAUUGAUGCAAAAUAUGAUGUCCGAAUCCAGAAGAUUGGCAAUAAUUAUAAGGCAUACAUGAGGACAUCAAUUUCUGGCAACUGGAAAACCAAUACUGGCUCAUCAAUGCUUGAGCAGGUGGCCAUGUCGGACAAGUACAGAAUGUGGGUGGACUCUUGUGCAGAAAUCUUUGGAGGGUUAGAUAUCUGUGCAGUGGAGGCUCUGCAUGGCAAAGAUGGCAAGGACUACAUUAUAGAGGUAGAUGACUGUUCAAUGCCACUCAUUGGUGACCAGCAGGACGAAGAUCGCAUUCAGAUUGCAGAGCUGGUUGUUUCUAGUAUGAACCAGCUUGUUCCACGUACUUCCAGCCCUUCCACGAUCCGUGCAUCCACAUCAGGACAGCCAGCACAGAAAGCAGCAUCUCCCCAGCCUGUCUCACAACCUAAAGUACCACAGGCUCAACAGCGUCCAUCACCACAAGGUGGUCCUCAGCAAGGGCCCCCAUCUCAGCAGCGUCCACAGCCUCAAGGCCAACCUCCAGCACAGGCCCAAUCAGCAACCAGUCCUGGCACCGGUGAGACCGGUGCCAAGGCAAACCAGGGACCUCCAGCCCAGCAGAGGCCUCCGAGUCAGGGAGCUCCUCCAGGCCAGAGACCUCCUUCUGGUCAGGGUUCUCCUCAGCGAAGCCAGGGAGGCUCCCCCCAGGCUCAGAGGCAAUCGUCUGUUUCCCAGCAGCAGCAGAAACCUUCUCCCGGUCAGAAACCUCCAGGAGGCCAACCCCAGCAGAGGCCUCCCCCGCCUCGGCAGCUGUCACAGGGAGGCCAACAGAGGGCCCCUGGUCAGCAAGGUCGUCCUGGAGCGCCUACCACCCAGCAACCGCGACCCGCUGCCCAAGGACAGGGGGGUCCAGGAGGACGACCCCCGCUGCAGCAAAAGCCUCAGCCACCACAGAAACCAAGCCAGGACAGCCCGUCUGUGGGUGGUUCUCCACAACUAAACAAGUCCCAGUCUCUUACCAAUACCUUCAACAUUCCAGAAACCCCAGCGCCACGAGCCAGCCUUAGCCAGGAUGAGGUGAAGGCUGAAACCAUACGCAAUCUACGCAAAUCUUUUGCCAGUCUCUUCUCAGACUGAGAUGGCAUAAGCCCACAUCCCUCCUCCUACUGACAGAAAGAUGGACAUGCAAACUGAAGGGCGGAUCCCUUCUUUCUUCAACAAACAAGGACCAACAGGAUCCCACCAUGAACACUGACCCUGAUAUAAAAAUGUACACAUCGAACACCCACUGCCUAACAGUUAAAAUCUUUUAAAAUGAACACAAAGUAGAAUACAUAGUAAAUUUAGGCACUGAAGUCUGAAACAUUCCUUGCCUCGCCUCAAGCUCCAGUAAGUCAUUUGCCCAUCGUGUCACAUGAACAACACAAAGCCUGCAUAUGCAUGAACACUCACAAAAAUAAGAAACAAAAUAACACAAUACUGCUCCCACUUGUCUGUUAGUGCUGUAAAGUCAUUGUGGUCUUUAUGUUGAAGCUUGGUUGGUUUUCUGAGCCGACCAAGUUAAUUAACUCAGCACAGCCACACACAUAGAAUGUCCAGUGUUAGCUAAUGCUCGAUCUGUUUCAGCUUUUGAGCGCUCAUGGUGACGUCUUUAGCUGCAUGUCAACAGGAGACAAUGGCCGCAUUUCCCACCCCUCACAUCGGCGCUUGUAACUGUGUCGUCUAAUGUAGUUGAAUUAGUUUGUAAAGUAGCCUAGUAGGUAUUGUGAGUAUGUUGUUGCUGCCACUUCCUGUUUUUUGUCGCACAAGAGCAAAAACCAACAAGCUCUCCAUAUUGAAUGCAUGCCUUACACAGACAAGACAGUCGAAUCAAAUGGAGUUGUCUCAGGGAUGUCCAAUUGAUUGUGACACUUGUGUGUGGGUGAGGGUCUUCCAUUACAGUUAUAUAGUGGUCGUAGUUGAGUCGUUCUUACCAGUAAUGAAGGAAAAGCAUACAUUUUAUUGAGGUAGAACAUUUUAUUGUUUAAUAUACAUUUGCACAGAGAAAACACUGCAAAAUUAUACUUGAAAACGGUAGACAAUGACUGAUGUUUGAAGUCCGUAUCUUCAGGUUUAUUCACCUUCAAAGCAACAAUCCAGUGUUCCUUUUCAUGGGAUGCUGCUGUGAUACGUGCGGUAUAUGCAGGGUUGGUAACAGUCACCAAAAAUGUAGUCAUAGAUAGUUUCAUUUCAUAUUUGCUUGUUUUCAAAGAACUAAUAAAAUAAUAUACUGACUGUAAACCAAUUUAAUGGAUGCACUUAAUGUUAUGUCAGCUAGGUUUAGCAGAGAGUUAGCACAUUGUGAGUAACUUUAAACCUGAGUCUGUAUUGUAAGUGCAAGUUUCUGCUUCCAUAUCUGCCUCGGGUUUGUAACAGGUUUACAGUCUGUAAGCAGAGGCCAUACUCAGCCAAGGAAUGAUACAUAUACAUGAUUUAUCUAUAUAUAAGAAAAUUAAAUGCAAUGGAAUGUCAACUGUGGGAUGUACCUUUGGCCUAGAUUUAGCAUAUGUGAUGUUCCUGCCACUUUCCCUUUUUGCACUGAUAAUACUUCUUUUUCUCACAACUCUUAAAAUCCUGGUUGGUUCCAUUUCCAGGCACCAAAAACGUCUUCCAGAAGGAGUGCUUUCCAUUUGAAUGUUUAUGUAGUAUGGCAAUAUCAUGCUUUUAAGAGAAGACCCAAUAGCCAUAAGGUUAAAGGAGUCCUGGUUUCCCUGCAGAUUCUCCAUGCUGCCUGCAUUGAUCAUUCUUUAUAUGUGUCCACAGUGACCUCUUGUGCUCAAUGGUGCAUAAAUGUGUGAAUGUUCUGUAACUGGUUUAACCAAAUAGGUAUAUUGUACAGAGCUCUGAUGCAGACUGUCACCUUUAUCCCCCUGCUGCUAUUUGUGCUUGUUGAUGUUAUGUGAGUCUCUAAGGUCUUUCUUUAAUUUCAUGUCAUUUAUUUAUGCUUUUUUUUUUUUUUUUUAACUGCUAAUUUAAUUAUUUUUUUUCCACGAGACAUGAUUGUCUUGGGGCUUCUGAGUUUAUGCAACAGUUGAGACUUCAUUUUAAACUUUUACUGUGACUCAGCGUCAGUACAUCAUCGACAGAUUUAUCGUGGCAGCAAAAACACUGCCAAGAGAAUCAGUAAGAGGAGCCUAGUGUAUUUUUAACACUCAGAUUGUAAUUGAUGAAAAUGAGCCAUCUCAAUUUGCAAGGAUGGUUAACUUUGAAAAAUGUCUUUCUGUUAGUCAGAGGCCUCUUGGCCAUAUUAAGACAUAAUAUUUACAAUGACAUCUCUUGGGACUGACAGGUUGGGCUGUGACAGCAAUGCAAAGAUGUACUGUAUUUAUUUAUGGUUUUGAUAUUCACAAACAUUUUCUUUUAAAUUAAUCACAUUAUUUAUGGUGGUAUAUUUGGCUGUGAAUGUAUUUUUCUUUGUCAAAGCUUUUUUGUUUUCUAGAUGCGCUGUAAAAUCAUUGUGAAAAGAUUAAAUGUUUAUGAGUUUGAGUGGAGCUGAUUGUCAUUCAAUGCCUGCCAGAUUUAACAACAUAGGUACAUCAUAAAUGUAAGUGCAAGAAUCAAAAAGCUGAGGUCUUUGUUAAUCAAAAAAUAAAUAAAUUAUGGUGGAUUAUAAAUUAAAUGUAAAGACUAAUUGAUGUUAUAUGCAAUGUAGCUAUAUUAUGUGAAAAUGAGUAUGUUAUAAAAACAUGCACAAUAAAGUCUAUGAUGAACAGUGA